AGGGCCGCGUCGGGGCCCAGGAGGACGUGUGGCGCGUGGGCUCCAGCGAGUCCAGCCCUGCGGGAACCCAGUAGGCGCUUCCGGGCAAGGUUCUGUGCACCUGUUCCCUCCUUCUGCUCAAGUAUCUUCCCCCUCUGGGAAGAAGGGGACAUGCUCGUCUCCAGAGAUCAAGAAGAUACACGACAACAAUCCUAAAUUAAGUACAGCGCGCGAGAUUGGGCCCAAAGCAAGAAGGUGCCGGGCACCUUUAAGCUGUUUAGAAGCUCACGUGACUCACUAAGUGCCGGGCCCCAGCGGUCACGUGACGGCGCGCGCGCCCCCGCGCGGAGAGAGCCGGUCCGUGCCGCGCGCGCGCCUUCGCCGCUGCCUCCCACCCACCCCCUCGACGGGAGGGUGAAGAGCGGCGGAGUGAUCGGCGUCUGGGACCCUGUGCGCGUGCGCGGCGAACAGCUGUCACCUAGUGCGGAACAAGUCUCCUGAAUUUCCUAAAUCUCGCUGGGCCAGAGGCCACCGUCUUCCUUCUCAUCCUCUUCCUCCGGGUCGUGUCCUCGCCCCCACCCGCGCGCCAGAGACUGUCCUAGCUGUCAUGGAGGUGGUCGAGGCGGAGAGUCCUCUGAACCCCAGCUGUAAGAUAAUGACCUUCAGACCCUCCAUGGAGGAGUUCCGGGAGUUCAACAAAUACCUUGCAUAUAUGGAGUCUAAAGGAGCCCAUCGAGCAGGACUUGCAAAGGUGAUUCCUCCUAAGGAGUGGAAGCCAAGACAGUGCUAUGAUGACAUUGAUAAUUUGCUUAUUCCAGCGCCGAUUCAGCAGAUGGUCACAGGGCAGUCCGGACUGUUCACGCAAUACAACAUCCAGAAAAAAGCCAUGACCGUGAAGGAGUUCAGGCAACUGGCCAAUAGUGGGAAAUAUUGUACUCCGAGAUAUUUGGAUUAUGAAGAUUUGGAGCGCAAGUACUGGAAGAAUUUAACAUUUGUGGCACCUAUCUAUGGUGCCGAUAUUAACGGGAGUAUAUAUGAUGAGGGUGUGGAUGAAUGGAACAUAGCACGCCUAAAUACAGUCUUGGAUGUGGUCGAAGAAGAGUGUGGUAUUUCUAUUGAGGGUGUAAAUACCCCAUAUCUCUAUUUUGGAAUGUGGAAAACCACAUUUGCGUGGCACACUGAGGACAUGGACCUCUACAGCAUCAAUUAUCUUCACUUUGGAGAGCCCAAAUCUUGGUAUGCUAUACCUCCGGAGCAUGGAAAACGACUUGAAAGACUAGCUCAAGGUUUUUUCCCAAGCAGCUCCCAAGGGUGUGAUGCAUUUCUUCGCCACAAGAUGACACUGAUUUCUCCAUCAGUACUGAAAAAGUAUGGUAUUCCCUUUGACAAGAUCACACAGGAGGCUGGUGAAUUUAUGAUCACUUUCCCAUAUGGCUAUCAUGCUGGUUUUAAUCAUGGUUUCAACUGUGCAGAAUCUACAAAUUUUGCUACUGUCAGAUGGAUUGACUAUGGAAAAGUUGCUAAAUUGUGCACUUGCAGGAAAGACAUGGUGAAAAUUUCAAUGGAUAUCUUUGUGAGGAAAUUUCAGCCAGACAGAUAUCAGCUUUGGAAACAAGGAAAGGAUAUCUACACCAUUGAUCACACGAAGCCCACUCCAGAAUCCACCCCUGAAGUGAAAGCAUGGCUGCAGAGGAGGAGGAAAGUAAGAAAAGCAUCUAGAAGCUUCCAGUGUACUAGGUCUCACUCUAAAAGGCCCAAGGCCGAGGAGGAUGAGGAAGAGUCAGCUGAAGUUGGUGGGGCAGACGUCCCUAACCACGACUCAGGUACUGAUGACCUCCAGGUCAGUGAAAAGCCAGAAGCAGCAGCUAAGCUGGGGAAUACAGCAGCACUGUCAGAAGAAGAGAACUCUGCUAGGAGGAUGCAGGUGGAUCAGAAAUUAUUAGAUAAUAUCAAACUCUCAGGAAACAUGUGCUUAAAUGCAUCUAUACGAGAAGAAAUUAAAACUGACGAUGACAAAGCCUAUGCCAUAAGUGCACCUUCCAACACCAGUGAGGCUAGCAAUGCCAUGCCAUUAUCUAGUGGCCACGUGACGUCCAAGGAAUCAUAUCCGUCCAAGCUUUCAUGGCCAAAGUCACCUGAGUCAUGUUCCUCAGUGGCAGAGAGUAAUGGUGUGUUAACAGAGGGAGAAGAGAGUGAUGUGGAGAGCCGCGGGAGUGGCCUUGAACCUGGGGAAAUCCCAGCGGUCCCCAGUGAAGAGAGAAAUGGCUUCAAAGUCCCCAGCGUAAUAGAGGGAGAGACCAAGACCUCUAAGAGUUGGCGCCAUCCACUCAGUAAGCCUCCAGCACGAUCCCCAAUGACUCUUGUGAAGCAGCAGGCAGCAAGUGAUGAAGAAUUGCCUGAGGUUCCAUCGAUUGAAGAGGAAGUGGAAGAAACAGAGUCAUGGGCGAAGCCGCUUGUCCACCUUUGGCAGACGAGGUCCCCUAACUUUGUGGCUGAGCAAGAGUAUAAUGCAGCUGUGGCCAAGAUGGAGCCAUACUGUGCCAUCUGCACUCUGCUUAAGCCAUACUACAAGCCAGAUAGCAGCAACGAAGAAAACGAUGCUAGAUGGGAGAUGAAAUCAGAUGAAAUGGAUACAUCGGGAGCAAAGACUAAGCCCCUCAUUCCAGAGAUGUGUUUUAUUUAUAGUGAAGAAAAUAUAGAAUACUCCCCACCCAAUGCCUUCCUUGAAGAGGAUGGAACAAGUCUUCUGAUUUCUUGUGCAAAAUGCUGCGUACGGGUUCAUGCAAGUUGUUAUGGUAUUCCUUCUCAUGAGAUCUGUGAUGGAUGGCUCUGUGCCCGGUGCAAAAUAAAUGCAUGGACAGCAGAAUGCUGCCUCUGCAAUUUGAGAGGAGGUGCACUUAAGCAAACUAAGAACAAUAAGUGGGCCCAUGUCAUGUGCGCCGUUGCGGUCCCAGAAGUUCGAUUCACUAAUGUCCCAGAAAGGACACAAAUAGAUGUAGGCAGAAUACCUUUACAGAGGUUAAAAUUGAAAUGCAUCUUCUGCAGACACCGGGUUAAGAAGGUCUCUGGAGCCUGCAUCCAGUGUUCCUAUGGGCGCUGCCCGGCCUCCUUCCAUGUUACGUGUGCCCAUGCCGCUGGAGUGCUCAUGGAGCCCGACGAUUGGCCGUACGUGGUGAACAUCACGUGCUUUCGACAUAAGCUCAACCCAAAUGUGAAGUCCAAGGCUUGUGAGAAGGCCAUCUCCGUGGGCCAGACAGUCAUCACAAAGCAUCGGAACACCCGGUAUUACAGCUGCAGAGUGAUCGCUGUGACAUCGCAAACCUUCUACGAGGUCAUGUUUGAUGACGGCUCCUUCAGCAGAGACACAUUUCCUGAGGAUAUCGUGAGCCGAGACUGUGUGAAGCUGGGCCCUCCUGCCGAGGGAGAAGUCGUCCAAGUCAAGUGGCCCGAUGGCAAACUCUACGGGGCGAAAUAUUUUGGAUCAAAUGUUGCACAUAUGUACCAGGUUGAAUUUGAAGAUGGAUCCCAGAUAGCAAUGAAGAGAGAGGACAUCUACACCUUAGAUGAAGAGUUACCCAAGAGAGUGAAAGCUCGUUUUUCCACAGCCUCUGACAUGCGAUUCGAAGACACGUUUUAUGGAGCAGACAUAAUCCAAGGAGAAAGAAAGAGACAAAGAGUCCUGAGCUCCAGGUUUAAGAAUGAAUAUGUGGAUGACCCUGUGUACCGCACUUUUUUGAAGAGUUCCUUCCAGAAGAAGUGUCAGAAGAGGCAGUAGUCUAUGUAUGCUGCUGCGGGCAAUAGAUCAACUUGGGUCGCAAGAGGGAAGAUGAGGCGACGGCCUUGGUGCUGUGCCGGGGGUCCCGCUGGGGUAGGUGAUGGAGUGCGUCUCUGACAGUAGUGAAUCGAGCUUCCAGAGUUUGGUCACCAAAAAUACAAAAUAGACAUAUUAUUAAUUGGAUGCAGCAAUCUGAAGUCAUCCCCUAGUCUUGCUUUUUACUUAUAAGCAAUUUUCUUCUAUGAUGAUCCCAAAGAAUUUUUCUAAGUGAAAGGAAAUACUAGUGGGUUGCCCACUAGAUAAAGCCACUGCCAGGAAGGAGGAGGGUCCCCGUGUGCGGCUCAUGCCCCUGGUCAGGAAACACACGGAGACGUCUCUCCCCCAGCUCCAGCAGGUAGCAGCCUCGUUACCCAGGCGGGAGGUGAUAAUUUAUAUAUUUUCCACAGUCAGGGAAGUACUCUCACUUACUUGUUUUAAAUGGCAGUUUUUAUAAAACAUUUUUAAGACACAAAUGGCAUGUAUGGUAAUGAGAUUUACCCGUGUGCUAUCUGUAUUUCCCUUGUACAGAACUUUUACAUUUUUUUAUAUUCCUAUUACUUUUGAUUGUGUCUGAUGAGAACUGAGUUGUUGGCCUUUGUGAAAUGAAAUUUUCGGCUCUUGAGGAAGAAUUCUUAUGAAUUGUAUGGGAAUUUUAUAUAUUUAAAGAGGGAGAUCUGGGGCUGUUAUUUUUAAACACUUUUUUUCAUAAUACAUAUUCUGAGUAGAUAUUUAUAAAAUACGUUUCUUUCAUUAUGUGUUUGUAAAAUUAGAGUUUAAAUAAAUAUGCUUUGAUGCAUAGUUUUGAACUAAUGUAACAUGAUUUUUUUUCUUUUUAAAACAGCCUGAAAAUGUACUAGUGUUUAAAAAUAAAGAUUUCCAUUUUCUCCA